AAUAAUUUUCUUUCUGUACUUGUGAACUGUGUAGUGUAUUUCUAUUGGGGGCGGUGGCGGUAAUUGCAGUGUCGAAACACCUUGGCUAGAAUUUUUCAUUUUCGUUUACAAAAUUUUAUAAAAUUCCUCGAAUUAAUUUAUUAAAUGUGAAAAAAUUAAACUUUUCAUCAACAAAAAUCGAAAAACAUCAAACUAUUUACCAAAAUCUACAACAAAAAACUAUCCACCCACGUAUAAAAAGCAAAGUAGAUCAUGUAAAAAGAAAUCCAAAAGAAAAAAUAAAAAGAUGAAAAGAUAGACGACGACGACGACUUCUGUGCUCCAUCGUCAUUGUUCUUCGAUUUCAGUGCCUGUCGCUGUCGCUGUAGCUGUCGUUCGUUCGUUUUCGUCCCCGUUUUGAUGAGACCCUUGUGUGGCUGUCGCUGUGCGUGCACUUAAAAUGGCUGAGUGUCUGCAACCGAAAAUGUGCAGUUCGACAAUAAUUAAAUAGUGAAACCCACGAAAAUAAAAAGUCGUAUUAUUUGUGAAUUUUCUUUUUAUACAUUGCAAUUUACAAACAAAAAAUAAGAACAUAAUUUAUAACUCAGUGAAGAAUCGAGUAUUUUGUAAUACAAAAUAAAUAAAACUAUUUGUUGUUUACUUCGUGUUAAUGUUAAGUGAGUUUACCACAAAAUAAAAAAAUUGGUAUUUUACAUUUCACUUCUAACUAAAUACCUAGUUCCUUGAUUUUCAUGUCUUAAGAAGACACAAGAAGAAAGAUAUGCUCAUAAAUUUUUUGGUGCAGCCCCAGCAAACGAAGAAUAAGAAUCAGUGAAAAAAGAAAACGCAUUCGCAUUUCUUUUGUCGACUAGAGGAGCACCUACUAUGGAUUGCAGCUUUACGGACUAUGAUUCGAUUGCUAAUUACCUCAACGAAUCCCAAACAAAACCAUUCGUUGGAGAAAAGAAAUCUUGAAAAAGAGUGACAUUUGACCGAAAGACAUUUAACAGAGAAAACAGAAACAAAACGCAAAACAACAGAAUCAAUCUACACACAUUAAUCGAAUCGAACAACAAAACCAACGCUUCAUUGCAGUCUAGUAUCGAAUGUGUCCGCUCCGCACGUACAUAUGUUUUAUACGUUCUCGGUACAACCCCAAUCGCCGAACACAGAAUCAAGUUAAAAUUCAAAAACGUUCCUACCUACAUACCUAUCGAAUCGACUACUGGUACUGUGUUCUUUGUUCGUGUAGUGUGUUCUAGACCUACCCGAACCGUUAUCUGUAUUGUCUUCGCUCAAGAACAAAGAGGGUGAAUUAAACUCCACAACAACAAACGCAGCAACAACAUCACCAGCUGGGGUUGUUAAACUAAGACGAAAAGGGGAUAAAAUAGUUGAUCGUAGCAGUGCGUAUAGAUUUUCGAUGGCAAAUCUUGAGGAAUCACACGAAUCGGAAUUAGAUGCCAUCUUGGGCGAAUUGAGUCUGUUGGAGCAAGCCGGCAGUAUUUGUGGCAGCAAUGAUAGUCGACUUGGACGCACCCACAGUCGAUCGAAUUCAACAAUUUCAGGUGCUACAAAUUCAUCGAUCUCAUACUCGUCCGAAAGUAAUACCAGUUCGGAUGGGUUAUCAGGGCGAGAGACUCGAACUGAAAGCCCAGACAAUGAUUCAGCAUUUAGUGAUACGGUGUCGUUGCUGUCGAGUGAAUCGUCGGCUUCGAGCAACAUUAGCUCAGCACUCAAUCAUCACAAGCAAAUACUUUUGGCCGAAAAUGAUCAAGAGGUGCAGAUGCGUGAUAAGAGCAAAGCGGCCAAGAUCCAACUAGCGCUUCAUAAAUUGGAACAUGCAUCAAUAAGGCGGCUAUUUGUUAAAGCCUUCACAGCCGAUGGGGCAUCGAAAUCGCUGUUGGUUGAUGAGCGUAUGACAUGUGGUCAUGUGACUCGACUUUUGGCAGACAAGAAUCAUGUUAAAAUGCAGGCACAUUGGGCUUUGGUGGAGAAUUUGAGUGACCUUCAAAUGGAGCGUCUAUUUGAAGACCACGAACUAUUGGUUGAUAAUUUAAUGACUUGGAAUUCGGAUUCAAAGAACAAAGUAAUGUUCCUGCAAAGACCUGACAAAAUCGCCCUAUUCAACAUGCCAGAGAAGUUUUUACCUGGAACUCAGAUGGCUCCAGGCAGCGAGCAUGACGAACAAACGCGAACUAUGUUGUUGGAAGAAUUUUUCGAAUCCAGCGGGCAGCACAUCCAAUUGGACGGACUGUUGUACAUGAAAAGCGAUUCAAAGAAAGGAUGGAAACGUUAUCACUUUGUGCUGCGCACGUCGGGAAUUUAUUACUUUCCCAAAGAGAAAACUAAAUCACCACGCGAUUUGAUGUGUCUUACACUACUAACAGGCUACAAUGUUUAUCGAGGCCUCGGUUGGAAAAAGAAAUUCAAAUCGCCAACAGAAUAUGCAUUCGGUCUGAAAUCCUCCAUUGACUCGUCACCUGGCAAAACAUGCAGAUCAUUGAAAAUGUUAUGUGCCGAAGAUUCGGAAACAAUGGAAAAGUGGGUAACUGCUAUUCGAAUUGCCAAAUAUGGCAAACAACUAUGGGAAAAUCACAAAACACUUCUAGAAGAAAUUAAUAGAACUGACUUGAACAAUUUCUCCUCGAGCAAUAGAAGCGAUUCUAUAAUAAGUAUAGCAUCGACAGUUCCUUCACAGUCGGGUAGCAAUAUCAGUGUUCCUUCUUCUAUGUCUAGUGGACGAUUAUCACGAGCUUCAAGUUCCAGUUCCAGCGGGUGUCUAUCAGAUGAUAACAAUGGUUUUGACUCCGAAUUCACCACCGGCACCAUCAAGCGAAAGCCUUCGAUGAAGCCAAAUCUCCCUCUCACUACUAUGACUCGUCAACUGAAGGAAGUUGGUGAGAUAACUAUUUGCGAAUCGAUUUGUUCCACUUCACCAGAAAACAGUGGAACUCUAACGCGUCAUCAUGUGCGACGACGCAGCGAAGAGAGUAGUGGCAGUGGAACUCUCAAACGAAGACAACACAAUUCGAAGCGUUGCUCAAUGGAGAGCAUGAACUCUUCGAAUAAUUCCACUCCCACACCAACACCUAGUGUUCCCAGUACUCCAAUAUCGGUGAAUGAUAUGAACUUUGUUCCUAAUAUGAAUACAUCUGACCAGAUGUCAGAUAAAAUCACAGAUUCCACAUUAACACUGCCUCCACCUCCACCGCUGGACGCUGUAGAUCAUCGCAUGACAUCUUCAACGUUGUCGCUUGACUCACUGCCACCACCACCUCCUCCAAACGAACUUAUGACUGAUUUCUAUGGCUCGCAGGUGUCUUUGGUCAAUCUACCACCACCACCUCCACCACAAGAACUCAAGCCCGAGUAUAUGUCGAACAAAAAACAACACCAAGCAACAGAUAAUACAUAUUCAAUUCUAAAGGCAAACGAUGUAAAUAACACCUAUCCAUCGCCAGUUGUUGUAGGCACAGGUUCGUAUGUGAAGUCGGUAAAGGCAGCAAUAAAAGCGCCUCCUUAUAAAUCGCCUCCAGCUUACACUGGUGGUCAACCUCCAACAACUAAGCAAAAUACGAACACAAUGACGAAGACAGUGUCAUUUGCUGAUUCUCCAGUUUUACUAAGGCGGAAGGUUUGUUUCGUAGAGCCCCCUCAAGUUGUGCAAUUUCCACCGGUGCGACCAAGCCAAGUACCACGGGAGGUGGGAGUGCCUCUGCCCCCGCCAAGAGCCGAAGCUACACGGCUCUCGAUGAAUGCUGCUACUGCAUCUCCCAAGCGUUUAGUUGACUCAACCGCAAACCCACCUAGGGAUUUCUUAAAGGACUUGCAACGGGUCAUGCGCAAGAAAUGGCAGGUCGCUCAAAAGUGUAAACUUGAGCCUUCAACCACACCACAUGAGGUCCUGGGUUUCCGAGACUUCCCCGAAGAAUUCGGUGGCGGCAACUCGCACUACUACCGCGAAACCGCAAAUGUAAGCAACUGGGUACAAGAACACUACGGCUCAGGAGCUGACUAUGCGCUCUAUGAGAAUGUUAACAGCGAUAGUCACAACAUACCAGAGCAGUUCCCUAUAUCUUCCCCAUCCAUACUAACUCCCAUCAAGAAACGGCCUCCUCCGCCCCCGCCAAAACGAAGCGAGUCAACCCACUUGACUCAUCGAAUAUAAAAAAAGAUGCAUUUAAAAAUAUUCAAAGUUAUUUAUGUAGAUUUUUUUUAUAGUUUUUUAUUGAAUGAACAACAUCUGUGGAGCGCACAAAUUAAAUUUGCGAUAAACAAAUAAACUAUACAACUACCCCGCGAAAAAAUAUACAAACAAAUAUUAAAACUGGAGCAGCUCUACUCGAUCUUUCCUAUUACAAUCAAUAAUACAAAUAAUUUAAUCGAUUACUCACGCUCUAUCUGAAGCUCAAUAGAUACAAUUUUUAAAACAAUUUCUUUUACACAUAUUCUAUCCAAGGUACAGCGGGGAAUGUGCAAAUACAAAAUGUUUUAUUUUGUUAUAAUUUACAUUGUUUUACACUUUAAAAGACGGCCGGCGAGGCACGGCGCGGCGGAUGGUGGUUACUUGUACUCUUAUCUUAAGAAUACACUUAGCGUCAAAGAAUAUAUAAUUAUUAUAAUAAAAAUAAUAAUAAAUUUAUUAUCACUUUUUUAAACUUAAAAACAAAAAAAUAUAGUAAUUUAAUUAUUGAAGUGCCAUAGGCGACUUUUGAUCAAACGAAGAAAAACAAAACUUAAUAAAUAGAUUCAUAUUUUUUUAUAUUAAUACAAUUCAUAUUGCAUUUGUACUAACAAAAAUAAAUAAAUAAAGUUGGCUUGCUCUAAUAUCAUGAUCAUCCCAAUGCGGCGCAAAAAGCUGCAUUACAAAAUAAAACUUAAUACAUAAUAGAUUUUAUAUUAAAAUACAAAACAAAAUGUGCAUGUCUCGUUUUCAGAAAAGUUUUCUUUUUAUACAUAAAUAUCAAAUGUGACAAAGUUAAGUUAAGCUUUUUAUACGGAAUUUUUUAUAAUUUUAUUUACAAAACAAGAAAUAAAAAAAAACAAUAGGGAAAAUGAAACAUACUAAAGUGAAGAAAAAUAAAAUCAACUAAAAAAAGAAAAUAUAAACAGCCAAAAAGAAAUAUCCAAUGUAAAUUUCAUUGAAAUAUCAGAAAAGAAAGAUAAAAAUGUAUUAAAAUUUAAAUAUUAAGUCUAUUAUUAUUACGGGGCGGACCGACCGUGCGAUGAUGGUCGCUAAUGGAUAUAAAAAAAACAAAAA